AUGGAGACUCUGGCAGUUCCUACCACCGCAGCACAAGCCAAGGCCUUUGUUUCGCCAACAUCGCUCUCGUUUCCAGGCGCCGUUGAAUCUCUAAAAGUUGAAGAACAGAAGGAUAUCAAUGUUAAAGGGGAGGGACUUGAAGGAGAUGACUCGGCAUCGGGUAUUGUUCCCACACUUCAAAAUAUUGUGGCAACAGUUAACUUGGAUUGUCGAUUGGAUUUGAAGACAAUUGCGUUACAUGCACGAAAUGCUGAGUACAAUCCGAAGGUAGGUGACUGA